GAGAGAGAGAGAGAACAGCGUGUGUAUGGUGACCGAGAGCGCACGGACAGAACUGCUGCUGGUGAGUGUGAUUUAACCCUCGUCACCAGGCAACCAGCCCGUCUGGAGGACCGAAUCCUCCCGUUCAGCUCAGCUGCACCGGGACCGCGUUACAGUAAAUAUCCGGUGCAUCAUUCCAUCAUUGAGCUCCGGUAUGGACUAGCGGCUUUAUUCAUACAGCAGCGCACGGCGGAGCGUCUGUUUGUCGGUAACAUGCUGCAGAAAUACUAAUAGGAAACCUCGCCGUUCAGUCCGGAUUGUUUUUGUUCUCGUGGAUUAAACUUGUGUCCGGGAUGGGGAAGGAACAGGAGCUGCUGGAGGCGGCGCGGACCGGGAAUGUGGGGCUGGUGGAGAAGCUGUUGAGUGGGAAGAAAGGAUUGCUGGGCUCGGGCUCCGGCUCCAUACCUCUGCCCGGGUUACUCAGCAUGUGGAGAGGCCUCAAUGUGAACUGUGCAGACGGCUCAGGAUACACACCUCUGCACCACGCAUCUCUAAACGGACACAGGGACGUGGUGUUGAAGUUGUUGCAGUUUGAAGCCACUACUAAUGUGGCUGACAGUAAGGGCUGUUUUCCCCUGCAUCUGGCCGCAUGGAGAGGUGACGUGGACAUAGUCCAGAUACUGAUCCACCACGGGCCGUCCCACAGCAGGGUUAAUGAACAGAACCUUGAGAAGGAGACGGCUCUGCACUGCGCAGCUCAGUACGGUCACUCUGAGGUGGUCCGUGUUUUGCUGCAGGAGCUGACGGACCCCAGCAUGAGGAACAGCCGCGGGGAAACACCGCUGGACCUGGCUGCCAUGUACGGCCGCCUGCAGGUGGUUUGCAUGCUACUGACCGCCCACCCCAACCUCAUGAGCUGCAAUACACGCAAACACACGCCUCUUCACCUGGCCGCACGGAAUGGCCAUUACACUACCGUUCGAGUGUUGCUGGAGGCCGACAUGGACGUUAACACACAGACAGAGAAAGGAAGCGCUCUCCACGAAGCCGCUCUCUUCGGAAAGAUGGAUGUAGUUCAGCUACUGCUUGACUCAGGGAUUGAUGCCAACAUCAGAGAUUGUCAGGGAAGAACUGCUCUAGACGUACUGAGAGAACAUCCGUCUCAGAAAUCACAACAAAUUGCUUCUCUCAUACAAGAUUAUAUGAUGUCAGAUUGUGACAGAGGGAAUUUCCAUGAAGAUUUAGCACGGCAGCGCCCAAUACCAAUACCAACGCCACGCACAUCAAUACCCUCACCUGUGCCCUCCCCGUCUCUGCGGCAUAAAAAUGAUGCAGUAACAGGGGAGUUGUCCAAGUUGCUGAAUGAAAUAAAGAUCUGCCGUGAUAAGGAUUGCUCCUUUGAAGAGCUCUGUCAGACCAUCUCUUCUCACUCUCAGUCCAUGGAGAGCUUCGGCAGUGGGCGGCUGUCUGACGAGGAACGCAACGGCACUCUCACUCGAAUAAACAAGCGUCCCACUCCCCCGUUGCCCCCGGCGAUGGAAGAGGAGGAAAAGAGCUGCGGACCAUCAGGCCUGUGGGAGGCGCUCACUCCCUGCAACGGCUGCAGAAACCUGGGCUUUUCUCAGGACAAGCGAUGUGGUGAAAUUGCCCAUUCUCCAUCACUGGACGUGUUUUUACCAGAGGAUGAGGACAACCCUUACGAGUCAGUAGCUACAGCUGUCACACGCAAACCUUGCUCUCUUGACAUCCAACUCCACAACGCAUGCCCUCGCAACGGCCACUUCUCACAUGUGUUGGUCAGUGAUGCAGAGCGUGGUAACCAUGGUGACGACUCUACAGGCCUGACUCCUGACUGUUCGCCUCCUUCACCUGAUACGGCCCUGAGGAAUAUUGAGAGAGUCAUCCGCCCCCAGCCAAAGCAACGGACCUCGCUGUCCUCCUCCCAGGACGUCCAGAAACCCCUACAGAACCACAGCUGCGAGCCCUCGGAGGUCAGCUCAUCUCUUGGCUACGCCAGCUUCAGCACCAGCCCCCCCGCCAGCCCCCCCAUCAGCCCCGCCAACUGCUCGACCGGAUCCGCCGAAGACUACGGCCUCACUGAUGAGGCGGUACACCAGAAAGAGUGCAUAGAGCGAGACGACCGGAGAAACAGCCACGUUCCCGAGCAGUUUGCCGGCCUCCUCCACGGCUCAUCUCCUGCCUGCGAAUCCCCUGAUAACCCCUACCAACUCUACGGCAAAGUGCGAAAGUUCAGCGUUCCUGAGCCCCCGGUCCGGCACGGGAAUUUUCUCAGAGCGCCCGAGUGCUCGCCUCCGUUCCCUCGCACUGGCAGUGAGGCGUCUGCUCUUAAGACCCAAAGAGAAGCCAAACCGCAGAUAGUCUACAGGACGAUUUUUCACACACAGGUCAACCAGAGCACGUUACCGCUCGGUGAACCGGGUGACAAGACCACGGGGGUGCAUGCGAGGAACGGGGAGGCCCGGAGCAACAGCACGGGCGGCAAUAGCCCAGCAAGCGGCAAUACCAGCUACGAAGAAAGAGCCUGCACACUUGGGAGGAUGAGGUCCAUGCCAAAAAACGUUUUGGACCUUCAGCUGUCCAGAAAUUUCUCCAAAUCAGACUCUAACCUGGUGGCCGUGUCUCCCAUCGAGGAGGAGCAGUGGAGUUCCAGAGGGCAGAGCAGCCCCGGUAAAAGCAGCCCCAACAGACUGGAGAGAACCCCCUCCUUUACUGCAGAGUGGGAAGAGAUUGACAAGAUUAUGAGCUCCAUAGGUGCUGGAAUUGGCACAGAGUUGGAGGGGAUUACGGAGAAUCACUCAGGCCCCCGCUGCCCCGUCCAGUCGGUAGGACAGUGGCUGGACAACAUCGGUCUGGUGCAGUACGAAAACCACCUGCUGUCUAAUGGCUUCGACAAUGUUCAGUUUAUGGGCAGUAAUGUUGUGGAGGACCAGGACUUGCUGGAGAUCGGGAUUUUAAACUCUGCCCACAGACAGCGACUUCUUCAGGCUAUUCGCCUGCUACCCAGGGUGCGGCCCAUUGGUUACGAUGGAAAUAAUCCUACUUCAGUGGCUGAAUGGCUGGAGUCUCUGGAGCUGGGAGACUACACCAAAUCUUUCCUCAUCAACGGCUACACCUCCAUGGAGCUGGUCAAGAAGAUCUGGGAGAUUGAGCUCAUCAACGUUCUUAAGAUUAAUUUGAUCGGCCACAGGAAAAGAAUACUCGCAUCACUUGGAGAUCGACUGCACGAAGACCCUCCACAGAAGCCACCACGGGCCAUCUCUCUAAGGGAGCCCACCGGGAACCACACUCCCCCUCAGCUGUCUCCGUCUCUGAAUCAGGCCUACACCAACGCCGGCUCUCUGGACGUCCAGCAUCUCAUCAUGCAGGCAGACGCCCGACGCAGACGCAACGACAACUACUUCGAGGACGUCCCGCGCUCCAAACUAGAGAGACAGAUGGCACAAGUCAGUAUGAGGGAGGGAGAGACUAAGAAAAAGCAAGGGGAAUGGUGCGAGCCAAUCACGUUACGGCCUCCGAACGAGGCGACAUCAUCUACGCCGGUGCAGUACUGGCAGCACCAUCCUGAGAAGCUUAUAUUCCAGUCAUGUGACUAUGAAGCAUAUUAUCUGGGGUCUAUGUUGGUGAAGGAGUUGCGCGGUACAGAGUCCACGCAUGAUGCCUGCGCAAAAAUGAGGAAGUCUACAGAACAGAUGAAGAAGAUCCCCACCAUAGUACUGUCUGUCUCCUAUAAGGGAGUCAAGUUUAUCGAUGCCACUAACAAGAACAUCAUAGCCGAGCAUGAGAUCAGGAAUAUCUCGUGUGCCGCGCAGGACCCUGAAGAUCUGUCCACAUUUGCGUACAUCACCAAGGACCUGAAAUCCAGCCAUCAUUACUGCCACGUGUUUACAGCUUUCGAUGUGAAUCUGGCCUAUGAGAUUAUCCUGACGUUGGGCCAGGCGUUUGAGGUGGCGUAUCAGUUGGCCCUGCAGGCCAGAAAGAGCGGCCACGGGUCAUCCACUCUGCCCGAGAGCUUCGACAGCAAACCCUCCAAACCUGUCCCUAAACCUCGCGUCAACAUACGCAAGAGUAUGGAGCAGCCCUCAAUGGAUCAAAAGGGCCACGCAAACGUCCCAUGGAUAGUCGAGCCAGGACAGGAAGCCAAAAGAGGAGCCAACACCAAGUAUGAGACCACUAUUUUCUAAUAUACACCCAAAAUACUGUCCACUCCUGUGUGUGUGCCUUACAGAGAGCGCCCUCUAGAGGCCCCCCACGGAGCCACGGGCCCAGUGACCUGUGACAAGCCCGCGUCUCUCCGCCCGGCCAAGCCCGCCCGUUUACCGUGGCUUCUGCAUGAUGACGCUGCCGCUGUCUAUUCUCUCCUUCGAUCUAUUGCCCCGCUCUUUCUCUCUAUCUCUUGAUCUCUCUCGCCCCCCCCUCACCUCUCUGGCCGCAGCACGAUAAGGGAAGGUCAGCCUUCAGGCCGCCACGCUGCCGAUCCUCCUCCAAAACACACAAAAAAGUGUUGCAAGCGGUUGUUUUUCAUUCAAUUCCCCCCCCCCCAUCUCCUCUCUUUUUAUUUCUCCUUCCCUCCGUUCCUCGCUAUUCUUUCCUCGGCUUCUCCGGGAAGCACCUCUUCAGCCUUUCCCCACUUCGCCCUCGACUGCUUGAAUGACAACUUAAACCGUAAUGCUGCUACAAGCCUUAUAAACACAAAUGUUGUUUUUAGAGUCGGAAUUUGCUUUCUUUCUUUCUUUCUUUCUCUCUGACUAGACAGCAUAGGGUUAGCGAGGGCGAAGGCUCACGCGAGGGAAACGGAGAGAUUUUUGUGAGGUGGGGCAUUCAAAACGGCUGGCAUAGAAGCGGAGAUUGGACUUCACCCAAAGGACAUUUUGCUUGAGUUGUUUGUUUUGUCUCGUAGAGAAGUUUUCAUUUUUAGUACCAGCGCUUGUCGGAGAGAAAAAAAAAAUUUUAGGGGAGAUUUUUUUCCUUUUUUUCUUAAACGGCACAAGAGUUACGAGCUUGUUUUAGUAAGUCAAAACGUAAAGGUAAUUUGUGGACGCAGAAGUUUGUCAGAUAGCAUAUUUUACGACGAGACAUCCGCAAAAAAAAAUUGUCUCUCAAAUCGCGCGUUUUCCUUCCUUUCCAAAAAUUUUUUUUCCUGUUGUGUUUUCUUUCUUUCCCUUUUUUUGGUGUUGCC